AUGGCGCAGAUGUUUACUCCACCAGGACCAAAAAGUCUCCGUCUUUUCACCCGUGAAUCUCUUAAGGCCAUCGAGAGCCGGAUCGCGGAGGAGAACGCCAAUAAGUCAAAGGAGAAAGGGGAGAGGGAUAAAGAUGAUGGAAGUGGAACGAAACCCAACAGCGGCCUGGAGGCCGGGAAAAAACUGCCAUUUAUAUAUGGAGACCCUCCCAGAAAACUACUGUCCACACCACUGGAAGACCUGGACAAGUUCUACAGCAAACAGACAACUUUUAUAGUAGUGAACAAACAGAAGACAAUCACGCGCUUCAAUGCCUCUCCUGCCUUGUACAUUUUCAGUCCCUUCAACCCUCUGAGGAGAAUAUCAAUCAAGAUUUUGGUGCAUUCAUUGUUCAGCAUGAUUAUUAUGUUAACCAUACUGGCCAACUGUGUUUUCAUGACCGACGCACAACCACCGGACUCGGCCAAGAAUGUCGAGUACACAUUCACUGGGAUAUACACCUUUGAAGCGCUUAUAAAGAUUACGGCUAGGGGAUUCUGUGUGGGUCAGUUUACAUUCCUCAGGGACCCGUGGAACUGGUUGGAUUUUAUUGUUAUUGUAAUGGCAUAUGUAACAGAGUUUGUGGAACUGGGUAAUGUGUCCGCCCUUAGAGCGUUCAGAGUUUUGCGAGCCCUCAAAACCAUAUCAGUCAUUCCAGGGCUGAAGACGAUCGUUGGGGCUCUGAUCCAGUCGGUGAAGAAGCUGGCUGAUGUGAUGAUAUUGACCCUGUUUUGCCUAAGCGUCUUUGCUUUGGUCGGGUUGCAGCUCUUUAUGGGUAGUUUAAGACAUAAAUGUGUGUGGCAGCCUGCCAACUCCACCCUUGAUGAGAACAAAGACCUGUAUCUUAACUGGACAUCUGCCUGUAAUGGCACAAACAAAGAUUUCUGUCAGAAAUAUAUUAAUAAUCCUGGGCAUACUCACACUAGGCCCGGUUGCCUUAAGGCUCUGAUCUGUGGGAAAAGCAGUGAUGCGGGGCAUUGUCCAGAUGGAUUUAUCUGCAUGAAAGUAGGCUCCAAUCCUGAUUAUGGUUACACAAGCUUUGAUAGCUUUGGCUGGGCCUUUCUCUCCUUAUUCAGACUGAUGACUCAGGAUUACUGGGAGAAUCUUUACCAACAGACUCUUCGGGCAGCGGGGAAGUCCUACAUGAUUUUUUUUGUGCUGGUCAUCUUCCUGGGAUCUUUCUACCUGGUGAACCUGAUCCUGGCAGUGGUUGCUAUGGCGUAUGAUGAACAGAACCAAGCCACUUCUGAGGAGGCUUUGAAGAAAGAGGAGGAGUUUAGCAUCAUGAUUGAGCAGCUCAUGAGACAAGAAGAGGAAGAGCAGGCCUCAGCAUCAAAGUGUGAUGAGCUCAGCGGAGGUAUAACGGACAGCUCUUCUGACGCCUCCAAAUUCAGCUCCAAAAGUGCUAAGGAAAGGCGCAACCGCAGGAAGAAGAGACAGCGUCAGGGGGAAGAUGAGAAAAAAGAGGAUUCAAGCCUUAGAAAGAACAGCUUCCGAAACAACCGGCGCUCAUAUGAGAGGACAUGCACAUCUCCAAACCAGUCCCCGCUGAGCUUUCAGGGUUCUCUCCUUACCCCCCGUCGGAACAGCAAAGCUAGCAUCUUCAGCUUCCGCGGCCGUUUGCUUUCCGAAAACAACUACGCUGACGAUGAGCAAAGCAUGUGUGAGGAGACAGGCAGCCGAAAAGACUCGCCGUUUGUACCAUGUCAUACUGAACGUCUUUACAGCAGGGUAAGCAGAGGCAGCCUGACACCACGCAUACUGCUGCCCUCUAACAGAAAAGUGCGCUACGUGGUCGACAGCAACAGUGUGGUGAUGGUGGCGACUGAUACAGAUGAAGAGUUCAGAGAACGAUGUGAUUCACAACGUUUCUCAGUGGCUUUUCUACACAACCAGUCAGCGAGACAGCGAGCUCUGAGUGUAGUGAGUGUCAGCAACAACCCUACUGACUGGUCUGAUGUUUGGAAACAGAAGUGUAUAGAGUGCUGGUACGAUUUUGCCGAGAAUUAUCUAAUCUGGGAAUGCUGUCCUGCGUGGCUGAGGAUAAAGAAGAUUGUCCACAUGAUUGUCAUGGACCCGUUUGCUGAUCUGUUCAUCACCAUUUGCAUCGUGAUAAACACUGUCUUCAUGGCCAUGGAAUAUCAGCCCAUGGAGGAUUCUUUUUCCAAAAUGCUUUUAAUUGCCAAUGUGGUUUUCAUCGGAAUAUUUACAGCGGAAAUGAUUUUAAAGAUCAUUGCUUUGGACCCGUAUAAUUAUUUUCAGGAAGGCUGGAAUAUCUUCGACAGCAUCAUAGUCACUCUUAGUCUGCUAGAGCUUUGUUUGACAAACGUGUUGUCUGGAAUGGGUUUCCUUAGGCCAUGCCGAUUGCUGAGAGUCUUCAAACUAGCUAAGUCCUGGCCGACUUUGAACAUGCUAAUCAAGAUCAUAGGUAACUCACUGGGGGCAUUGAGUAAUCUGACAUUGGUACUAGCCAUCAUCGUCUUCAUCUUCGCGGUGGUUGGCAUGCAGCUGUUUGGAAAGAGCUACCGCGACUGUGUGUGUAAGAUUUCUGAUGAUUGCACUCUUCCUCGCUGGCACAUGAUCGAUUUCUUCCACUCGUUCCUCAUUGUCUUCAGGGUGUUAUGUGGGGAGUGGAUCGAGACCAUGUGGGAUUGUAUGCAAGUGGCGGAACAGCCCAUGUGCUUGAUAGUCUUCCUCAUGGUCAUGGUGAUUGGGAAUCUGGUGGUUCUAAACCUGUUCCUCGCUCUGCUGCUCAGCUCCUUUAGCGCUGACAACCUUGCGGUCACCGAUGAUGAAGGCGAGAAGAACAACCUACAGAUCGCAGUUGGCCGAAUCAAGAAAGGCUUUGCCUUUGUUAAGGCCUGUCUGCAAAGUUUCUUCCAAAGCAGUGGUUUAAGACACAAGAAGAAAAAUAAAACUAGAGAUGGGAACAUGCAAUCGAUGAACAGCUAUGAAAUAAAAGACAACUCCAACCAAACUGCAUUAGAGCUGUUUAAAGACCCUGGGGGAAUGGCCGGGGUGGAUAGAGAGGGUGAGAAUUUCAUCAGCAACCCAAGCCUGACCAUCAGUGUCCCAAUCGCUGUAGAAGAGUCUGAUUUUGACUGCCUUAAAAGGGAGGAUUUUUGCAGCCUUUCAUCUGACCUAGAUGAAGAUAAAGAGAAGCUGACUGACGUGGAUCCGAUCUCUUCUGAGGGCAGUACGGUGGAUCUCAGACACUUUGGACAUAAUAAAGAUGGAGAAGACACAGUGGACUUUGAGAUAGAGGAAUCCACAGAGCCAGAAGCCUGUUUCACACCAGGGUGUGUCCAGAAGUUUCCAUGCUGCCAAGUGAAUGAUGAGAAGGGCUUUUGGAGAACAUGGUGGAUUCUGAGACGAGUUUGCUUCAACAUAGUGGAGCACAACUGGUUUGAGACCUUCAUCAUCUUCAUGAUUUUACUUAGCAGUGGCGCUUUGGCAUUCGAGGACAUUUACCUUGACACAAGGAAAAACAUAAAGACCAUUCUGGAAUAUGCAGAUAAAAUUUUCACUUGCAUCUUUAUUCUUGAAAUGCUGCUAAAAUGGGUUGCAUAUGGAUUUGCCAAAUACUUCACCAAUCUCUGGUGCUGGCUGGAUUUUGUAAUUGUUGAUGUGGUUGUGAACGCUCUUCUAGGUGCCAUCCCCUCCAUCUUAAACGUUCUGCUGGUCUGUCUGAUCUUCUGGCUGAUUUUUAGCAUUGUGGGUGUCAACUUCUUUGCCGGAAAGUUUUUUGAAUGUGUAAAUGUUACCACAGAUCAGCGUCUGCCUUUCACAGAGGUCAAUAAUAUGUCACAGUGUAAAUCAUUUGACAAUAAUGCAACUCACUGGAAACAUCUGAAGAUUAACUUUGACAACGUUGGAAACGGAUACCUGGCCUUGUUACAAGUGGCCACCUUUAAAGGCUGGAUGCCCAUAAUGUAUGCGGCAGUAGACUCUCGCAAUAUAAACGAUCAGCCAAUCUACGAGGUGAAUAAGUAUAUGUACAUCUUUUUCAUCGUCUUUAUCAUCCUUGGAGCUUUUUUCACAUUAAACCUCUUCAUUGGAGUCAUCAUUGACAACUUCAAUCAGCAAAAGAAAAAAUUUGGAGGUCAGGAUAUUUUCAUGACAGAAGAGCAGAAGAAAUACUACAAUGCUAUGAAGAAGCUUGGAUCAAAGAAACCUCAAAAACCUAUUCCAAGGCCAACUAACAAGAUUCAAGGAUUCAUCUUUGAUGUCGUAACCAACCAGGCCUUUGAUAUUUUCAUUAUGGUACUGAUAUGGCUCAAUAUGGUGGCUAUGAUGGUGGAAACUGAUUAUCAGACCAAAGAAAUGGAGGUCGUACUGUACUGGAUCAAUUUAAUGUUCAUUGUGAUCUUCACCAGCGAAUGUUUGCUGAAAAUGUUCGCGCUACGACAUUACUUCUUUACCAAUGGCUGGAAUGUAUUUGAUUUUGUCGUUGUCAUUAUGUCUAUAGUUGGCAUGUCUCUGUCAAAAGUCAUUGGGAAAUACUUUGUCUCACCCACCUUGUUUCGGGUAAUUCGCCUUGUCAGGAUUGGCCGCAUACUACGUCUUAUCAAAGGCGCCAAGGGAAUACGGACCCUUCUCUUUGCUUUGAUAAUGUCACUUCCAGCCCUCUUCAACAUUGGACUUCUGCUUUUCCUCGUUAUGUUCAUCUACGCCAUCUUUGGCAUGUCAAGCUUUGCCUAUGUUAAGAAAUCGGGAGGCAUUGAUGACAUGUUCAACUUUGAGACAUUUGGCAACAGCAUGUUGUGUUUGUUCCAGAUCACUACCUCGGCGGGUUGGGACGGCCUCCUGGCACCAAUGCUCAAUACUGAAUAUCCUUAUUGUAACACAACAAAGAGCAAAAGUGACUGUGGCAACCCACCUAUUGGCAUCUCCUUUUUUGUCAGCUAUAUCAUUAUAUGUUUCCUGAUCGUGGUGAACAUGUACAUCGCUGUGAUAUUGGAGAACUUCAGUGUGGCCACUGAAGAGAGUGCAGAACCUUUAAGCGAAGACGACUUCGACAGGUUUUACGAGGUUUGGGAAAAGUUUGAUCCUAAAGCCACCCAGUUUGUGGAAUACAGCAAGUUGUCUGACUUUGCAGAUUCUCUGGAUCCUCCAUUGCGUAUACCCAAACCCAACAGACUCCAGCUGAUCUCCAUGGAUUUGCCGAUGGUGAGUGGUGAACGAAUUCACUGUCUGGAUAUUUUGUUUGCAUUCACCAAACGUGUUCUCGGGGAAGGCGGUGAGAUGGAUGUCCUUCACGGACAAAUGGAAGAACGAUUCAUGGCUUCCAACCCCUCCAAGGUCUCCUAUGAGCCCAUCACCUCAACCCUACGCAGAAAGCAUGAAGACAUGUCGGCCGCCGUAAUCCAGAGAGCCUUUAGGACGCACAGGAUUAAGCAUAGUAAGUUCAAUAAUAAGUACCGAGAGACAAAACAACAAAACGGGAAGGUCCUAAAAAAAAGACUCGAUGGUUAAAGACAAGUUUAAUGAUAUCGGCGCUUCAUAAAAUUCCAACAGAACACCUUCCACAUCCUCUCCACCAUCAUAAGGCAGUGUGACACAAAAAUACAAAAACAAAAACGAGAAAGACAAGCGUGAGAAAGAAAAGGAUGGCAAAGAUAUCAGAGAAAAGAAAGAGUGAAGUUCAAAGAGGAUACAAGUCAUUUCACUGACACGGGAACAAUUUUUUACAUCUUUAAAAGGUUAUUUGUUAGGGUCAGUUGACCUUGCCUUUGUGCCGUGGAUGUCUAUACCAUACUACCUGAACAUACUUUGUGCCUAUUCCUGAGCUGUAAUUAACAUAGCUAAGGGGUGUUCACACUGACAGUGAAUGGUAAUGACAAAGCGACCUGAAGUCAUUCAAAGGGAGUUGGCGAUUUCUGGAGACAAAGACUCAAAGAGCUUAACCUGAUGGAACUGAACAGCAAUGCGAUUCAGUGAUUACAA